AUGGGAAGCCGAUUGGUCGGCACGGCUCGGCCGUUGCAUACAAGCUUCAUCGCGAGAGUCGCCCGCCGCUCUACACCUUUAGCCCAACUUUGGAACCCCUUCGCUGCAUCGAGCCCCAGACGAAUCCAUGCCCGCGCUACCGAGUAUCUGCCCAACGGUCUGCCCGAGUGGACGCAGUCCCAGCGCGAUGUCCGCGACGCCAUUGCCAAGAUCUGCUCGAAAUACACCGAUGAAUAUUGGCUCGAAAGGGACACAGAGCAAAAGUUCCCAUGGGAGCUUUACAAAGAUCUCGCAUCCAAUGGCUGGCUUGGAAUUUGUCUCCCAGAGGAAUACGGCGGCUCGGCGUUGGGCAUAUCAGAGGCUGCCGUCAUGUUACAGACUAUUGCUGAGUCUGGAGCCGGCAUGAACGGCGCCUCUUCCGUGCACAUGAAUAUCUUUGGCCUCGAGCCUGUUGCCAAGUUCGGCACCAAAGAACAGAAGGAACGUUGGCUGGUGCCUCUUAUCCAGGGCAAGGAACGAGCGUGCUUCGGUGUUACUGAGCCUAAUACAGGUCUAGACACUUUGCGCUUGCAGUCCUUUGCAUGUAAGAAUGGUGACCAUUAUAUCCUGAAGGGUUCUAAAGUCUUUAUCUCGACCGCUCAAGUUGCCGAGAAGAUUCUCGUACUAGCACGCACCACACCGCUGGAAGAGUGCAAGAAGCCCAGCCAUGGACUCUCUCUAUUCUAUACAGAUCUCGACCGAUCGGCCGUACAGAUCACUAAGAUUCCGAAAAUGGGCCGCAAUGCAGUCGAUACCAACAGCUUAUUCUUUGAGGACUGGAAGGUCCCUGCUCAAGACCUGAUUGGAAAUGAGGGGGACGGGUUUAAAUUGAUCAUGCAUGGCAUGAAUGCCGAACGUGUCCUUGUCGGUGCCGAAGCAUUAGGAAUUGGAUAUGCGGCUCUGCGCCGUGCCUGCAAUUACACCGCGGAGCGGGUCGUAUUCGGGAACCCCAUUGGCAAAUAUCAGGGCAUCCAACACCCUCUUGCCGAGUGCUGGAUGAACCUGGAGGGUGCUCGGCUCAUGAUCUACCUUGCGGGGCGUCUCUAUGACCAAGGCUACGAAGACGGCGAAUACGCCAAUGCCGGCAAGUUCCUAGCGUCCGAAGCUGCAUUCAAGGCUGCCGAGAGAGCCAUCAUGUCACACGGAGGUAUGGGGUACGCAAAGGAAUAUCACGUCGAACGUUAUUUGAGAGAAGCCACACUUUCCAGAAUCGCACCUGUCAGUGCAGAGAUGAUCAAGAACUAUAUUGGGCAGCGGGUGUUGGGGCUGCCAAAGAGUUACUAA